UAGCCUAUUCACAGAAUAGGCUACGCUUUUCUCGGUAUUAUUUUUUUUAGGAGAAUAGAAAACACAAGUGUGGCAUCACUUGAAAAGUGUCUCCGUAGAUAUUAAAAGAAUCAAUUAUAAAGCGUAGCCUUUGCUUAAUAUCUAUGGAGACACUUUUCUCACCAAAGAGAACGCUUUUAAAGAGUAACAUAUUUAUUAUGUUUUGGGUGCACUUUAAAAGUGUAUCCAAAUAUAAAAACCAAAUAAACAUUUAGCAAAAAUUUGCCCUCACCCUCACUCACGCAACACACACCCUCAUCCUCACUCAACACACAUGCGAAACAGGGAAGAAAUCGGAAAGGGGGAGAACGGGAAGAUGAAGAGAAGAGAAGAGAGGCAAGGAAGGAGAAGGCGAUGCCGGCUAGGGCUCCGCCGCCGUCGUUGUCGAGCGCCAGUGAGAGAGACGGAGAGAGCUCGAGGAAGAGAGAAAACGCGAUGGAGGAGAGAAGAAGGGGGUGCUCCGUCGCCAAUGAAGCUCCACCGCCGCUGCUAGGGCUUGUUGCCAUCGCCGUUCUGCCACCGUCGGGCUCUGUCGCCAAGCCAUUGCGUCACCGCUCAUCUCUUCUUCACCGUCGCCGUCCAUCACCAUCGUCGUAUCCUCUGUCACCAGCCUUACUAAUCAGGUGUGAGUUGCAGAAGGAUCUAAAUAGGCUCCUCUUUAGGUGUUGCAGUCACACAAUUUUGAUGUUAUUAAUGUCCUUUCUGAUAACACGAUGAAUCUCAUACAGGUAAUUAAUAUUGUUACAGAAUGUUGGUACAUUAAUUCAUACAGAUAGAUUAGCUGUUAUUUGAUCCAAGGUUUAUGAAGGAAUUUAUGUAUUGAAUAUCUAAGCAUUCUUGUUCACAGACAAGGAAUCAUCGGUGACUUUGAUGGUGCACAUGUACAUUGAUUGAAUACUAGAACUAGUUCUAUGUUGAUGUGGCAUCUUUCUGAUCAUUGGCCUUUUAUCUGACAAUUUCUUGUCGAUAGAUUCAGUCAUUUAAAAUCCUGCUUUUGAUUAGCGGUGGCAGGAGUACCCAAACUCGCGGUACCCGCCCCGCCCCAA